AGCUUAUUCCGAGCUCAGAAUAACACGAGACAGCGCUUCGGAACACACUGACACAACCCGGUUCUAUUCGCUGCAACGUCACGAUCGCCUUUUGGAUUACAAUUAUGACUCUUGAAGAGGUCCAACAACAAGAGAGCCCGAUGGAAAACGCAGACAGGGUGCUCAGUGCAGGCGCUGCCCUGGAGGAGCUGCUGGUGGCUGCCAAGAAGCAAGAAUCCCUGACAGUCGGAGUUUACGAGUCCGCCAAAGUGAUGAAUGUUGACCCGGACAGCGUGGCAUUCUGCGUCUUGGCCACGGAUGAAGAGUACGAGUGGGACAUCGCGCUGCAGAUCCACUUCACCCUCAUCCAGGCCUUCUGCUUCGACAACGACAUCAACGUGGUGCGCGUCAACGACAUCGAACGUCUGGCUGACCUGGUGGGCGCCGACGAGACCGGCGAGCCCAAGGACGCGCACUGCAUUCUCGUCACGAGCCCCAGCGCCGACCCGUGGAAGCAUCCGGCUCUGGAGCAGCUGGCUCUGUUCUGUGACGAGAGCCGCAGCGUGUGUGACUGGGUUCCUGCCAUCACGCUGCCCGAGCGCUGACCUGACGACCUCCUGCAAAACGCUUCACGUGUUGAAGAUGAUGAAGAGGAAGGAAAAAAGGAGCUGGGCUUCAGGUGGGGCGUCAAGCCUCGUCGGACUCAUGUCUGGAUUAAGAGGCUGCGGCUGCAGACCCUACGGGUGCAUUCAGGGUUCUGGAUUACCGUCAGGAAAAGGUGAAGUUCAGAGGUCAAGCGUGGACUGGGUCAGGUGUUUGUGCACUGAAUGACACUGAGGAGGUGGUGCAGCGCCUGCAGGAAAAGGUGGUGACCCUGAUGAUUGCCCUGGACAAAAGAAGAAAAAAAAGUUUUGGGGGUACAACCAGGAGGAGAAAGAGACUGUGCAAGAAAUGGACUUGUGUGAGUUUGGAGGCUCCUGGGGUCGUGGGAAAGAGACAAAGAAGAGAGACAGCAGGCCCCAGGAAGGAAUCCGAGAUGAAUACACAGACUUUAGUUUUCUUUCCCAAAGCAGCUACACCAGGAGGAAUAACCAGAGACUUUUGCUUGCAAAUCCUGAGCUGCUUCUUGAAAAGUCUGCAUUUUCGCAGAUGAUGACAUAUAUAAAUAUAUUUUUUACUGUAAAAUGUGCAAACAAUUCAAAUCUCACUUUGAAAUGUACAUUUUUUUUCUAUAGUUGUGAAUAAAUCUUUGAAACCAAA